CCCCUCUCUCGUUGGAUCUGCUGAUGGGAAGAGAGCGGGGGAACAGCAUCAUAAAUGGAGAUUACAGUUACAACACGGAUGAGAGUUAUAGUAAAUUUUGCGACGAGAACAGUGUUUUUGAGAAAGAGAGGAAUCGAGGUUUGCCGGAUUCAUCAUCACGACGUGACGGUUUCAUUCAACAUCCCGUUUCCCGUUUCGAUACUCUGGCCGGCGUCGCCAUCAAAUACGGCGUUGAGGUAGCUGACAUAAAAAAGAUGAAUAGUCUGGUUACGGAUCAUCAAAUGUUUGCUCUUAAGUCAAUUCGGAUCCCUUUACCAGGGCGGCAUCCGCCAUCGCCUUGCUUGUCGAACGUUUCCGAAAUACCAGGACAAAGCAGUGCAAACCGAAACCCUGCGCGAGAUUUGCCUCCUGAUUUGUUCGACUCAUUCCAGUCUAUAAGGCCGAAAAUGACUCCUCCAAGGGUCUCCCGUGCAAUGACUUCAUUGCAAGGUUUUUAUGGCCUUAAACAAGUACAAAUAAAUACGAUGCCCAAAGCUUUUGAGAUGGCGGUAUACAGGAAAGGAGAAGUUAAUUGUUCGGAGGAUGAUACAUUCAGGAAACCCUCUUCUGCUUGCAACCCGCCUUCGAAGCUUCGUCGGAAUUGUAGAAGUGAAGCUAAUGGAUUCUUUAAUGAGAAUGAUGAACUGAGAGUUUAUAUCAUGUCUCCUGGAGAAGCUAAAGAAGGUGAACUCGAUAAGUCAAGAGACAAAAGGCUCAGAAGACGGACAAAAUCCGAAGCCGACUUUUUCACUCAUACUCCUGCAAAGACGUUAGAGGAUAACACCAGCGGCGGAGGGUUUACAUCGAAAUGCUUGGCUCUGAGAUCCAAAGCAGGAAGCCGCACUAACUUAUUAGCCUAUACCGAGAUGGGGUUCAGCCCAACUACAACAUGUGUUGGAGACGGUUACUUGAUUCAUGAACUCUCGGCAGUGAAGAAAUCACCUAGCACGCCAAGUUUGCAAGAUCCAGACAGUGGUACUAGUUUGUCAUCCCUAUGGCCAGCAUCAAAAUGGAGCUUAAAGCCAGAUUUACAAGUACUUUCGACCACCGCAAUUUUUGACGGAUUGUCGAAUCCAGUAUCUGGUCGUAAAAACAAAGCCGCACUUGAUUAGCUCCGGUUGCCUAACUUCCAUCAGCAU